AUGCAUAGGGCCUAUGACCCGGGAGAGACUAUACGCGAAAAAGGGCUGAACGCAGCUGCUAGGCUUAACUCACGAAUAUCUCAUGACUCAAAAAGGGAGAUGGAGAAUGGAGUUUCUCGAUCCUCAUUAGUCCAUGGUACCCAAACAAAUCCGAACUCUGACACUUGGUACGACACCGACGCGUUUCUAUUGGACCAAGUGAAAGAAGUGCUCAACAAGCUCAAUGAAGGAUCAAUCGACGAUGAAAUCUGGGGAAAAAUUGUUAUUAUGGAGAGAUGCAAACGGGUUGCAAAAGCGUAUUUAAGAAAAACAACGGUAAUUAUUGAUGGGUCUGAAGAUGAAUUUGAUGGGAAAACGUUGGGUUUUAAUCAUUUUGAAAACCCAACACGAGAUGAUCAUACUAAAGAAAUUCGAGCCAAAAUAGCAGAUGGUGUGAUUUUAAAAAUGGAUUAUCAAGGUAACAUCAAAGGCAUGGCUCGCGGAGCAACACCGAUUGUGUGCCAAGGAUGGAAAGAGCCCAGAAACAACUGUAUAUCUGAUCGAUUAGUUCGAUUGCAUGGUAAAUUGAAUCACGGUGCAAUGGAAGAUGAAAAAGCGUACAAAGUAUUCGAUAUGAGGAAGUUCAAACAUUCUUUGGAGCGAGAGCUUCAUGAUGGAACGCCUGAUGCCAGAAAUUUGUUACUGAAGACGUGUAUGAGAGUUGCUUUGGUCAAAGAUGGAGCAGAUAUGAAUCGAACACCUUGCUGGUUUGCAAUUGUCAAUUUGGUGGCACUUGAUAUGAUUAAAGAGAAAAUUCCUCUUAUCAAAUCUUUGUUAAAUGUCUAUGGGUUACCCAGUGUUACUUCUCCGUCUCCAAUGUCCGGUCCGGAUAAUUCUGGUUUUAAUGCCCAAACUUUAACUCAAAUCAUAGCAGCUGCAGUUACUCAGGCUAAUAAAGGAACUCCAACACCUACACGUAACAAUAAUAAUAAUAAUCAAAAUCUGACAAUAUCUCCGGAACAACUUGCACAGAUUGCUUCAACUAUAAGUAUUGCUCAAACAAAUACCUUGAGAACUGCAGAUUUAGUGAAAAAAGAGCGACCAAAAAAACCGUAUCACUGUUCAACAUCAUCAUUAGAUUCGUCUGGAGAAGACUCUUCAGGUCGUCGCUCUGAAGCAUCAACUGCUAUCAAAUCUCGCGCAAAGCGGUGGGAGCAGGUGCAAAAGAUCAAUGAGAUAGAAAAGUACACGGAAAGUCCGGCAGUGCAAAUGUUGGAUAAACCGAGAGCCGGAGGUAGAGCACAUCGACCUUUACUCCAAGAUGUCAUAUUUACUAGAAGUCAUUCAAUAACGAGUGAUUAUGACAGCAACAAGGAGCAUUUUGAUUCUGGAAGUUGGAGCUCGACACAAUCGAGAUACAAAGAUGGUCGGUCAACGUCUUCUAGCGUAGUUUCAGAGCAUGAGCUCGCUGCUUUAGCUCGUGAUGAGCUUAAGGAAACAAGUGAAAUAAGAGAAGCCAACGCAGUUAGCGAAGAUGACGAACCACCAACUAACCCACCAUCACCAGCACCAACAGUAAAUGUGCCUACCUUGCCACGCAAAGAUUAUAACCAAUCACCAGCACAUACUCCCGAGCACGUCUGUCCAUUGCCACGUAGCUUCUCGUCAACCCCAGCAGCUGAACAAUUUCUCCCAACGUUAGAAGGUGCACCUGUGUGGACCCCAAGUGCCGUGUCAACUGCAUCUGAGCUCUCACCUCCAAUUCCAAUGUCCUCGCCACCGCCACCACUUCCCAGAACUCCGCAACCUAAUAAUGGUCUCCCCAAUGCUUCGCUGCCAUAUAAUCAAAUUAACAACGCAGGGAGUUUCACCCGCACCGCGGCGAGGAGAUGGAAGUUUACUUCGGUCGAAGCCCGGUCCAGUCCGAUCCUCCACGCAACCGAUCAAACCCGUUCGUCAGCGAACUCCGUCAGGUUCUCGAGAAACGAACGAGCGGAUUGCGCAUUGCGCGCAACCACUCUCAACCAGCCACAGUUCAUCCCAACUUGCGACAAUUCGGCAACGCUCGCCAACCCCACCACGGUGCUACCCAACCGUACAACAACGUCAGCAGCAAUUGCAGCAGCGGGCGGAACACUCCAGAACGAGCCCAUUCACAACACGUCGCGUCUUCUUCUCACCAAGCGCCUCGAGGACUCCGGAGAACGCACAACCAACAAUACCAACACCAAUCAACACGAGACCAACAACAGCCACCAGCAACACAACGCCUACCACCAUACAACUACGGCCAAUCUACUCUGUGUCGCGAACCAGCAUCAGUAGCAGUCCGAGUCAGCCGCACAGGGUCCCUACCAUGGGGACAAUACCAGCACGUGAGACGAACUCACAUGUAAUCAAAUUACAACUUACUUGAAUAAACUGUCACGAAUCUUCACAACACUUCAAAACAAAUUCGCCUAAACCAACUAAAAUCAACUUAAACCUAAAAAGUGAGUAGACGCACUCAAUUUUUGCAUAAUAUAGUGUACGCUCGCACUAGGUUUGUCAUCUCUCAUCAAACCUUAUUUUCCUAAGAACACGCUCAUUCAUCCAUCUUAUUAUUUUGGUUGUAUGCAUAUAAUGGGAAUAUUUUUGUUCGUCAACUUUUCUGUGUCUUCACUUUUCCCGCUUUCCUUGUAAUGUAUCGGUUUUUAACCUUAUUUAAUAUAAUAGUAAUGUAAUUAAUGCUAUGAUAUUUUAAUUAUUGUAACAAUGGAGAUGUAUAUGUCACUUGUCUAUUGCUCAAUCUUUUCAUUUCAAUAGCCUUUUCUGAUUCUACACCACUGUAUUACUUAACACCAUCACCCGAAUUUCUCUUAAAUUUUAUAUAUCAUCCGCGUACAAUUGUCAUAUGUGUACUUUUGCUCCCAUGCUCUUCUCUUAUAUCAUUUUAUGAUCCGGUAGAAAAUUUUUGUAGUCUUUUAUUUUUAUUUUUCUGUAACAUAAAAAAUAAAUGCGUGCUCACUUAAAU